AUGCCAUCCUAUCAGAGAGACCUGUCAUUCAGUACAUUAAUGUGUCUCAAAACAGUUUUAGAAAAAAGAUUAAGAGCUAACGUACUUCAUGUUCGUGAACAAAUGAAACGAUCUGAACCAUCAACUACCAUCUAUCAAAUUGAUUUUAAUUUAACUGUUUGGUUUAAAACACUACCCAUUUGGUUAAGUUCCAUAUUUAAUUUAAAUCAUAUCACUGAUAGCAAAUAUCGUUCAACAGUGACGAUUAAAUCAGAUACAAAUGUUACGAAUAGUGACUAUUAUUCAAUUCUAGUAUUAGAUAUUGGAAAUAAUGAUAUAUUAUCAUCACCAAAUGGUACUGAUCACGACAGUUUACCCUAUUUACACUGGAUGAUGGUUAAUAUUCAUUAUGAGAAAAAUGAUCGUGAUGCCAAUAAUGAAACAAGUUCAAACGAAGUAUCAAUCUACGAAUCACCAGCUAAAGUAAAACAUAAGUACGUUGCACGAUUUUAUAAUCAAAAAUCAGGACGUAUUGUUCGCACAACCAUUAAAUUAGAUGAUUAUACAGGACAGUAUAAAGAAAGUAAUAGAAAAAAAUUUAAAUUAGAGCAAUUUGAACAAAAAUAUGCAUUGGAACUAUUGGCAUUUAUAACAUUCACAAUAAAAGAGACAAGGUAA